AUGUUUGGACAGACGUCGAAACCAUCUACUGGCUUUGGAGGAUUUGGAUCAAGCAAUUCAAGCACGGGAGGGGGCUUGUUUGGAGCUAAACCUGCCGCAGGUGGGGCGGCAGGAGAGUUGUUUGGUCAGCCAGCGCAACAGCAAAAUGCAUCUGGUGGAUUAUUCGGCAGCAAACCGAGCACAGGCAUGUUUGGACAAUCGCUGACCGGAGCGACGAGCGGUGCAGGAGGUGGAUUGUUUGGAUCAAACACACAACAGCAGCAGCCACUGCAGGGCGCAGGGUUGUUUGGGAACCAACAAACCCAGCAACCCGGAUCUACGACGGGAGGGCUUUUUGGGCAACAGCAGCAGCCAUCGACAAGUGGCGGAGGACUCUUUGGCGGCGCGCAGGCACUGAAGCCAGCUACUGGCAAUCUUUUUGGUAGUCUGAAUACAGGCGGAACAACGAGUGGAGGAGGAUUGUUUGGAGGCGGUGCUCUGGGUACUGGUGCAACUAGCGGGACCAGUGGAGGCGGAUUGUUUGGAAGUAAACCAAGCGCACCUAGUGGGGGGUUGUUUGGCGCCAGCACUGCUCAACCGAGUGGCGGCUUGUUUGGUGGUAACACGUCAACCACAACGAAUGCUUCUCAGCCCGGUGGCGGUCUCUUUGGCUCAAACACAGGGGGGCUAUUUGGGAACAAACCAGCGACAUCCGAAGGCUUGUUCGGACAACCACAAUUCCAGCAACAACAUCAACAACAACAACAUCAUCCUCAAUCACAGCAGCAGCCUCAACUAUCGGCCAUGACCAGGGUGGGCGACUUGCCUCCGGAAAUCAAAAAUGAGUUACAACAGCUAGACACGUACAUCAGCACGCAACACUUGAUAGCCACAACGUUAAACUCAGACAUGCCCAAACACAACGAACUCAUCGAAACCAUACCGAAAGACAUCUCGUAUCUACAAAACAAGUUGCUCUCGACUAAACAAGCCUUGAAGUUUGACAGCAACCAGUUGCAAAGUCUCAAAGAUAUGAACAACGAAAUCACCGACGACAUAAACAAUAUCUUACAGCUCAUCAUCCAACUAAGUACCCCAGGAACCAAAUUGUCGAGCUCCUACCAGCUCAAUGAGUUUUUCAUCAAAAAGAUUAAAAAAUACUACGAAGUGACGCAGUUGUACGAGGAAACCAUCAGAGAGUUGGAAGUUGUCCUUGACGGUUUGGAGAGAAGCUGCAAUGAAGGGUUUGGAAAUUUGGCAAACAUCGUCCAGGUGAUCAAGACGCAAUAUGCUCUAUUUAUGGAUCUAUGUGAGCAAAUGGCACAGUUGCAUAUCGAGGUAAAGAGGCUAUGA